CUUGCUGUCACAUCGGACGGGAUUAGCACGGCUUCCACUUGGCUUUUUUGCCGGGUUUCCAGAAAAUAUAACCAGAGAACAGUUGACUAUAAAAAUGAAGCAUUUGCCUCAACAAACACCUUUUCGGGACGGGUAUGUCUACAGUAACCUUCUGUAUAUGUAUCUCGGUCAUAUAUCAGAAAAAUUAGGCGGAGACACGUGGGAAAAUCUUUUGAAGUCUAAAGUAUUUUUGCCUAUUGGAAUGACAUCGACUCAAGUACUCAAACAACCAGAGGAUUUGUUGAAAGAUAACGUUGCUAAACCAUAUAUAUUUAAAGAUAGUGUAUUUCAAGACGGCACACUUGAUAUUUACAGCAUUUAUCCAGGCGAGCCUGCCGGUGCAAUUUUAUCAACUGGGGUAGACAUGGCAAAAUAUAUGCGGUUUAAUCUUAAUAAUGGAACAACCGAAGAUGGAAUGACACUGCUUAACCCGGUACUUCUAAAAGAGGCAUACGCUGCAACUACACCUACAGUAGGCAAACGUUUUACAGAAAAUUACGUUCUAACUCGUCCGGAAUUUCCUAUCUCAGACACAGCCAUGGGUUACGGAUAUGGAUGGAAAAUAGCAACAUACCGAGGUUACCGCAAAAUAUGGCACGAUGGGGCACUAUUUUCAUAUGUAUCAGAGUUAUGGAUGUUUCCAGACAUCAACGCAGGAGUCUUUGCCAAUGCUAAUGGACCUGGUUUACUAAAUCUGCGAAGCGUUGAUCUGCCUACAAUUAUGUUUUACAUAAGUGACAAACUAAUUGGGGAGAGCCCGUGGCUGAACGAAACCACAACAUGUGAAUAUCCCGAUCGUUGGCGUAAUAUAACUACCAAUCCAACACCACCAGAACCAUUAGGAAAACUAGUAAAUCCUUUAGAAUAUACUGGUACUUAUGGCAGCUAUUAUCUUCCUGCCAUACAAGUCUCAACAAAACCAGGUUGCGAUUCUUCAUUAUUGUUUCAAAUGAGCCGGGUUGCAGGAGUCCUUUAUUCAACGCAAGACAAAGACCGGUUUUUGAUGGAAAUAACAUCUCCAUGGGAAUUCAAGAUAACCUCACGAGAUUACCAUAACAAUACAGUUCUGUACAACUCACUAUUUCUACGUAAUAAAGAAGGGCAGGUGAGGAGUAUAGAGCUGACUGUAAAUGUAAAAAUAGUGUACACAAAAGAUAUAACAAUCUUUGAUGACCAAGUUUCAUAUCAAACUACGUCUUCGAAACAAAGAACCUUGAAACCUGAUUUACCCUUCAAAACUUCGUAUGUAUACUCAAGUCCUUGAUAGAUGCUUUCUUUUCGUGUAUAAAGAGGUGCCUAAGAAACAUUGCACACAAUCGAAAAUAAUAAUAACUUAAAAAAAAAACAACAACAACAAAAAACAACAAACAAAUGAAACAUCGUAAUGAACAUUAGGUUAACGACCGUACUCAGUAUGUAACUUCAAUUUGAAUAAUAUUAAUUAUGGUAUUACAAUACAUUUGAUUCGGUGCUACUAUUUUGAUACUCAAUAAAAUAAUACAUUAAGCAACUAUGACUUUUUGCAUUUAGCUGUGGUUCUGACAAGAUACAUUCACUUACUUAGAUAGAUGUGGAAAUACUAAAGUGGUUUCUUGACCUAUGUGUUUAUUAUGUGCUAAAAAUGAUGAAGAGGAUGAAUAUCAUUUUGUUUUAUUAAAUCGUAUUUUUGUAAUAGACCAAAGUUUUUUGAAUUGAUACAAUCUUCUAAUAAGCAUACACUGCUGAAUGGAUAAUUUAUUAACGAAGGCUUUGCCUAGUUUAUUUAGUGUAAAGUAUAUUUUGCAACGUAUUUUGUUAAAUCUAGUUUCAUGCAUAAUUAAAACAAUUUAUUUAACUGUCA